UUUUGUUUUCCCCCACAUUCUUCCACCUCAACGAUACUAGUCCAUGCUUUUGUUGUCUUAACAUUGACAGGAAGAAAGGUGUCUUUGAAAAUAUAUUUAUGUCCGAGGAUGUAGCUAAGUCACUAGUCAGCAGGAGUACUUUGCGAUCACAUGUACUCCGUACAAGUUUAGUUGUUACCGUUCACAUGUACAGGUCGAUACUACUAAAGUUCUUGGAAAAUCCUAUUCUUGGGUAGUAUAAUAAGCAGCACUACCAGUCCUUGAUUAGAAGCCAAGAUACGCCUGCAACGAACAAACACGGUUUCCGAUGCACCAGCAAAGAUGCAGAUCAUCCAUCGACUAGGAUGGAGGAGUGGUGCAGCCCACGUCGUGUCACAUUACAACUGUGCCCCCAUUCUAAAACCAACCACUUCUUCUUCUUCUUCUUCUUCGAUCGUCUUCCAUCAUCAAAGUCUCCAAUUAAUUCAAGUCUCCUCUCGACCCCCCUCCGAUCCAUACGUACGAGAAAGCAGCUAGGCGGCGACGGCGCGUCUUCAGUGAUCGCCGCGGCCGAUUAAUCGGAUCAUGAGCGGCGGCGGCGGCGACAAGGAGAAGGAGAAGGCGGUGGAUCAUCAUCAUCAUCAGGCACUUCUCUCCCCCGGCGCCGGCGGCAGCUCGCGCGGUAGCACGGCGGCGAUGGAGAUCGGGUGGCCGACGGACGUCCGCCACGUGGCCCACGUCACCUUCGACCGCUUCCACGGCUUCCGCGGCCUCCCCGCCGACCUCCAGCCCGAGGCCGCCGCCAACGCCCCCAGCGCCAGCAAGACGGUGUUCGGGGUGUCGCCGGAGUCGAUGCAGCACGGGCACGACGCGCGGGGGAACAGCGUGCCCACCAUCCUGCUCCUCCUCCAGCGCCGCCUCUACGCGCAGGGGGAAGGCCUUGCCACCGAGGGCGUGUUCCGCGUCGCCGCCGACGAGGCCCAGGAGCGGCUCGUCCGCGACCACCUCGACCGCGCCGGCGCCAUCCCUUCUUCCCCUUCAUCCGACAAUGCCGCCGCCGUCGACGUGCACUGCCUGGCGGGGCUCAUCAAGGCCUGGUUCCGAGAGCUCCCGGGCGGGCUCCUCGACGCGCUGCCCGAGGACGAGGUGGCCCGGUGCCGCACCGCCGACGAGGCCGCCCGGCUCUGCGCCGCCUCGCUGCCGCCCGGGAAGGCGGCGCUGCUCGACUGGGCCGUCGAGCUCAUGGCCGACGUCGCCGCCAUGGAAGCGAAGAACCGGAUGGGGUCCCGCAACGUCGCCAUGGUCUUCGCCCCCAACAUGACGCAGACGGUGGAUCCGCUGACGGCGCUCAAGUACGCCGUGCAGGUGAUGAACUUCCUCAACCUGCUCAUCGAGAGGGCGCUCCGGCAGAGGCGAGAGCGGCAGCAAGGCGAUGCUGAAGAAGACGAUGAACAGCAGCAGAAGCAGAAGCAGCUGCAGCUUAAUUAAUUGAUCCAUUGGCGUUUGGAUGGAUGCAAGACUCUGUGUGUGUGUGUGCGGUGGAUGAUCAAUGGCGCUUAAUUUGGUUCAUUCGAUUAGCGUUGAUUAAUCACAGUAGAAUUCGAGUCGUCAUUAGUGCUUUUCUUCUAUCGAUCGAUCGUCUGCUGCUUCAGAGGAUUAAUUGUUUGAGCUGACUAGCUUGACUUGUACUACAUUUGGUCAUAGCUAUAUGAUCCAGCAAAUCAGCUAGCUGUGUGUGUAUUGUGUUUAAUAUAUGCCUGGAAUAUUUGUGUGUCCUAUCACCUAUGCUAUGUAAUGAUCUCUUAAUUUGACAUUUGCUUAUUCUACACGAGUAAAAUUCUUUUUA